CAUGUCCCCAAUGUCCCCAAUGUCCCCAAUGUCCCCAGGCAUCCCCCUGGAGCGCGUGUUCGAGUACAGCGAGUACUGGGAGGGGGCUCGGGCUCUCUACGCCGCCUUUGACUGCACGGCCACCAUGAAGUCGGGGAACGCGGACGUGUACGAGAACGAGAUCCCGGGGGGGCAGUACACCAACCUGCACUUCCAGGCCCACGCCAUGGGGCUCGGACACAAAUUCAAGGAGGUCAAGAGAGCCUACGCCGAGGCCAACAAACUGCUGGGGGACCUGAUCAAGGUGACGCCCUCGUCCAAGGUGGUGUGAUGUCACCCAUUGUCCCCAUUAUCCCCAU